AUGCAAGAAAUGAAUCAAAAAUCAACACCCUGGAUACGUUUAGGUCAUCAUCUAGGCCAGAAUUCUAAGAAUAUUUUGAUUCAGAAUGACUCGGCAGUAGUCUCAGGUUUUGGAUUAGCAAAGUCAUUAAGUAAUUCAAUGUCAAAUACAUCAUUUGGAUUUGAACAUUUCGGACCACCACACUGUUUAAAAAAUUAUUGUGAAUGUGGCAAGGAAUCAAACAUUUAUAGAUUUGAAGAGAUUAUUGAAGAUAUAUUUAAUUCUACUGAAAACAUCUAG